AUGGAAGAGAUCAAGAAUGAUAGCAAUCCAUCGCAGCAACAUCAGCAUGGAUGUCAUGAUCCAGUAAGAGAAGAGACCGUCGACAACAACGUUAUGGAGGUCGCCGAGGUAGAUACCGAUGAAGAGUUUGCAUCCAAUCCUUUUAGCCAAUUGUUUGAGUCAUUACAACAUGCUAAAACUGCUGCCAAAAGAUUUAAGAACGCCACGGAUUUGAAGGAAACCACUUUAAUAGGCCAAAUGAAAAUGAACCUUAAGGACUCAGCUGAACUUCUUCAACUUGAUAUCACCGCAGACGAAUUAAUUGUCAAUGAUAUUCUACAACGAAUUCUACUAGUGACUGCAGAUAAACAUUUUUCAAAACGUGCUGAUAAGAUAUCUGUAAAAAUACCACAGACAAUUGUGCUAUUGCCAUUAAGUAAUGAGUUAACUGAAGACCGUUGCUGUUUGAACUUCGAUAUUGUCGAUGAGGCACUCAUAGAACGUCUCAGUAUGGCUGAUAUUCACCCAAAUGUCAUAACGUUUCGUCCCUCAAAUAAAGCAAAAGAUGACCAAAGCUAUCGCGUCUCUUUAGCCCUAGUAGCUGAACCUAAUCCUAUUGUUUAUUUAUUCGAAUGUCAUCGUAGAGCUCGUUUAGUCUUACAAGAACAAUCGGCAGAUAAUCAGUGUAGUAGACAAGCUGCAGAAAAAUGCAAAGUUAUCGUAGCGACAUUUGUUGGCUCUUGCUUACUAACACCUGAUAUUCUAUCAGGUCAAGAUACAAACAAGCAGUUCGACUCAUUACUUACUGAUAGGCAAUACUCUGGAACGCCCGAAUUGUACGAAUUUUUGAAAGACAUUCUAAUUUCUUAUCCAGACACAAAUGACAUUGAACAGAUCUUUCAAUACAGCAUUGCACCAAUUUUUAAUAUUCAGAGCAUUAAAUAUGAAGACAUCCAUCCUAAACUUAUACGUCUGUGUAAUUUUAGUCAACAUGAGCACUUAUUAAAGUUCUUAAUAGAGUCAAGUCCUUGGCUUCCUAAGGGUUUAAACGUGACAGGAAAAUCUUUCGAGCGGACUUUAUUAGGCUCUCUGCUAUGCUACAGCUCAAUUGUUCCAGCCUUACCUUUAUUACAAGGCUUCGGCUUUACAACCUUACAUACCCUAUCACCAGAUUUCUCAAACCCAACCAUGAUGCGACCUGCUCAAGUAGAACAUAUCACUAGUUCUCUCCGAACUCAGAGGGAAUACGUUCUAGAAUUAAUAUUUACGAGCGCAUCACAAAUGCAUUUUCAUGAAUUAGCUGGUGACGCAUUCUUUCUAAAUUUAUCUUCCAUUCUUAUGGAAUUAUGUGACCCUUUUAUGAUUAUAUCUUCCCCGAAACUUUUAAAAAUUGACCCAGAAGCUUGCAUAGCUAAAAGCAGCGUAACGCAAGCUCAUGGCAUUUUCAGGCUAAAUCUUUAUAAUGAGACUAAAUUAGCUGAUCAGACUUCAUCAGCGUUGCCUACCACAAUUACUGUGUACAAAAAUUUGAUGGAACGCCUUGCAAAGUUGCAGAAUAUGGUAAGUACUCCAGAAGGGCUUGCCAAUACGAAUCUACGACAAGAAUUUGAAGCUGGUGUUUCACAGCAACUUGCUAUGAAGGCGCAUGUUUUAGACCCCAAACUUUUGGAGCGCAUACUGAAUUUCUACAAUGUAACGGCCGCCUGGGCUUUACAAAUUUCUAAUACCGACGGAAAACAUUAUAAUCAAAUCGAUUUAAAUCAAGAAAUGUUAUCUACUUCUAUCGAGGUACCAAAGAAAUUUGCCAUGCUGCCGGAGUUCAUUGUCGAUAGUUUAACCCAAUUUAUCAUCUUUCUUGGGCACUUUGCUCCGGAGAUUCUAGAAAUGCAAUGCGCUAAGUUAGAACCCCUUGUUAUCUUCAUUACUGGUUUAAUGGGAAGUUCAAAAUUCGCCAAAAAUCCUCAUGUACGUGCUCAGUUAGCUGAUGCUUUGGCUCGCUUAGUUCCUAAUGAUGCACAUAAACGCAUGUUAGAGCAAAUUUUCUUGGAAAGUAAGCAAAUUCAAGAUAGUUUGGCACUAGCAGUCCUUAAUGUUUACGUUGACAUCGAAAAGACAGAUAAUUCCGUUGAAUUUGAGCAAAAAUUCAGUUAUCGACAUAAUAUCUACAAUAUUUUAGAAUAUUUGUGGACUGUUCCUGCUUACAAAGAAAAAAUGAUAAAACUUAGCGAAGAGGUAACUGUUGGAGAGCAAGGACUAAAAGACGUUAUUUUUUUGCGAUUUAUUCAUUUGCUUACCAACGAUGCUGUCUUUCUACUCGAUGAAGCACUAAGUACUUUAUCAGAUAUUAAGAAAUUACAGGAGGAAUUAGCAGAUGAGGAACUUAGUAGCCAAGCCAGACGAGAGAAAUUGCAACAACUAAGCUUUUCUAGCAGAAUGGCUCGCUCGCUAAACAUUCUUGGAAAUCAAACUGUUAAUGCCCUUACAUUGUUAACACAAAGUAUUGUUAGACCUUUCACCGAAAUUGGAAUGGUGGAUAGAAUUGCUUCAAUGUUAAACUACUUUUCUGUACGACUAGCUGGACCGAAACGCGGUACUUUCAAGGUGAAAGAUUUUUCCGAAUUUCAUUUUAAGCCCGAUCAACUUAUUUGCAAUAUUGCACUGAUUUACACGCAAUUGGGCCAAUCGGAGAGCUUUUGUAAAGCGAUAACGGAAGAUGAAAGAAGCUAUACGCCACAACUGUUUUACCAGAUAGAGCGAGUUUUAAAUAAAUUGGCUCGACUAGAUAUUGUAUCAGAAUUUAAAGAAUUACACGACAAAGUUACCAAAUUUGCAGCUGAGAAGAAGGAAAUUGAGGAGGCUAUGCCCGAACCUCCUGAAGAGUUUUUGGAUCCGAUAAUGAAUACAUUAAUGGUUAAUCCGGUAAUAUUACCUACGUCUGGAAAAAUUAUGGAUAAGGCAACAAUCACGCGGCACUUAUUUAGUAGUCAGAAUGAUCCAUUUAACAGACUGCCGUUGCAGCUGGAUGAUCUAGUUCCGCAUCAGGAGCUCAAAGAACGAAUAGAGCAGUGGCUAAGAGAUAACAAGAUAAUAUUACCGGAUCAAAAUGAUUAG